AUGUCAACUCAGCUUGUAAUAUCUCAACAAAUACCUAAAUCAAAUAAAUUUGUUCUUAGUGAAGACGAAGAAGAAGACAACAGCAACAACAACAAUAAUAAUAAGUACCUUUCAGACGGCGACAAUGACGAUGACGAACAUAUUACUGAGCCAGUAUCAGCUGAAGCUUUAGAAUUACUCAAGACUGAAAAAGUAUUAAAAUCUGGUUAUUUGCUUAAGAAAGGCGAAAAACGAAGAACCUGGAAGAAGCGUUGGUUUGUUUUGAGAACAACAAAAUUAGCCAUGUAUAAAGACAAAAAAGAAUAUAAACUACUGCGAAUUAUUGAUCUACAUGAAAUUCAUAAAGUAGUCCAAGUGACAACAAAGCAUAAAUAUAAAUAUGUGUUUGCUUUUGUUACUGCCAAACGAAUGUAUUAUGUCCAAGCGAAUGACCAACAAGACAUGGAUGAUUGGUUUAGUUCAGUUGAUAAGGCAAAAGAACAACAACGACUGUAUGAUGCAGACGACGACACAGGCUCCACAGAUCGUGACCAAGAGUUUGCCAAGGAUGUCAUUACUUCAUACAAAUCAAACCACGCUGCCAAUGUCAUUCAAAACACAAGGCAUAAGCCCAAUGCUGACAAAUCACCUCCUAUUGAUGCAACAAAGCCUAUGGAUAUUCCAACAAUGACCAAACAGCCCAGUUAUCGCUCAGCAAGCUAUUCAAGCGAAAACUCUUAUCCUUUAUCACCUAAUUCAGACCACCAGCACCAGUUAAGCAUGAUUGAAGGCGUGGCUAGCUCAGAAGACGAUGAAGAAUAUAGUGUAGAUAAAGCUAAUAUUGAAUCUGAAGAAAAUAGAAACAGAGUCCUGAUUGAGGGUUAUUUAUUAAAACUAGGCAGAAAUAAGGGUUGGCGAAAGCGUUGGUUUGUACUGCGAACAGAUACGUUGGCUUAUUAUGAAGAUGACAAAGAAUACUCACCCCACCGCAUCAUUCCUUUGCACCACAUUAUUGACUCUUUAGAAAUUGAUCCAAUCAGCAAAAGCAAACAAUACUGUUUCAAGAUUAUCAUUCCCAAAAGAAGUUAUGUUCUUUGUGCAUCGAGUGAGGCAGACAUGGAUUCAUGGCUGAAUGCGCUUGUUGUUGCUAUCAAAAGAGCCAAGAAAGAUGCUGCUGAUGUUGGCCUUUCGCCUGUCACUCCUCAUCCAUACAAUCAUCAAAGAACACUUUCACUUAUUCCUGAAAACUCAUAUAGCCAAACGAAUUCGACAUCCGAAGUAGAGUCGUUUGAGAAUGUGAGCCAUAUUUCAGGUGUAAGCGGUGCUUGUGGAUGUGGUGGUGCUGGUGGUGCCUUAGGGGCUGGUACUUCAACAACUAAUUCUCUUGUCCAAUUACACUCAAGAGCUUCAGAACAACGAUUUGGUUGUGCUAAGUAA